AUGAAUUCGUUGAAAAGGGAAUCGGCCGACGAGUUGCGCUCGUUCGCUGACGAGGCUCAGAGGAUCGUUCGCGCACUGCGGAAUCUGCAAAUGCCUGUUGAUCAUUGGGACAUCUGGUUUGUGCACGUUUUGGCCUCGCGGUUAGAUCCGGAAUCGAGAAAGGAUUGGGAGUCAGAAUUGAGCGCGAGAGAUCGUGAGACACCUCAGCCUUCUACCAGCGGUUUGGAAAUUAAACCUCGCGACGAAAAACCUGCAUCCACGGUGCCAGGGGUUAACGUACACACCGCGAGUUUAUCGACCAUUAAAAACCCGGUCAUUUUAGCUACCGCACAGGUUAACGUCGUAGGCCCUCAGGGAACACGCACGCGAGUUCGCGCGCUUUUAGAUCAGGGAGCUGAGGCCUCAUUUAUCUCGGAAGCAAUUGUGCAGCUACUCGCGCUUCCAAAGCAACAUGUCCAAAUUCCUUUAACGGGUCUUGGAAGCAGUGCAGCCGGCACUGCGAGAUUCUCUGUCAAGUUUGCAGUGCAGUCGUUAGUUAGCUCUGAAUUUAAAAUCGAGGCCGAGGCUUUAGUUCUUCCUCGGCUUACCUCCCAAUUACCGACUCGCCGUCUAAUAGAGAUCGACCUUGAGCAGUUUGGGGAGCUACCACUAGCCGAUCCUCAUUUUAACAUUCCUGAUUCGGUAGACCUUAUUUUGGGAGCCGAUAUGUACGGUCAACUCCUCCGACCAGGUUUGCAACAUCUGACUGGAUCCCGGUUAGUUGCACAAAACACCGUGCUUGGGUGGGUCAUUUCGGGCUCCGCGCAGUCGAGUUCUUCACGGCGGGCGGAGAGCUCCCAUCAAGAGCCUCUAAGGGCGUUACAUUGUGCUUCAGAGGAUAAUUUAAACGAGUGUUUGCAACAAUUCUGGAGGCUCGAGGAAUUACCGCCUUCUGUCCGUAUCUUGGGACCUGAAGACGAAGCUUGCGAGAAUCAAUUCGUCGCUACUCAUUCGCGAAAUGCCGGUGGGCGUUAUGUCGUACAACUUCCCUUGAAAUCAGAUCUCCCAAGGGUUUCCGCGGAGACACGACGUAUGGCCAUGGGUUCGCUCGCGCAUACUCACCGGAAAUUCACACGUGAUCCUAAAUUGGCUUCCGCGUAUCGAGAAUUCAUGCGUACCUAUGAGGCAUUAGGGCACAUGACACGCGUUCCUGCAGCCGAGAGUGUCAAUUCGCGUUCAUGGUACUUGCCUCACCAUGCGGUCGUACAGUCCACACCUGCGCAAUAUAAGGUUCGAGUCGUUUUUGACGCUUCGCGACGGACGCAUGACCAGUAUCGUCUAAAUGAUUUUCUCAUGUCUAGUCCUCCCCUCCAGCAGGAUCUUUCGUUGGUCCUUUUAAAUUGGCGUCGAUACAAGUAUGUUCUUACCGCGGACAUUGUAAAAAUGUUUCGGCAAAUUCUCGUCGUGCCUCGUGAUCAGGAUCUCCAGAGAAUUGUAUGGGCACCUAGCCCUGAAGAACCUCCCGUAGAAUAUCGGUUGACUACAGUCACCCAUGGCACCGCUUGUGCUCCAUGCUUGGCAAUACGCACGCUUGCACAAUUAGCAGUAGAUGAGAAACCUCGCUUUCCGCUGGGUUCGCGCUGUUUGGAAUCAAACGUAUACGUGGACGAUAUGUUCAUUGGAGCGGACGAACUGCCGCUUGCCAUUCGCAAACGUACGGAAUUGGUCCAGAUCUUAAGGACUGCCGGUAUUGAGUUAGACAAAUGGGCGGCAAAUCAUCCAGACAUCCUUCCAGCGCAUAAGCAUCCGAUCGCAAACGAUUUGGUUAGGGAUAUUGUGCAGGAUGAAUCUGUAAAAACGUUAGGGGUGCACUGGAAACCGACUCAGGAUGAGUUCAGUUUUAGCGUUACGAAUGCAAAUAGUUUACCUGGGGUUUUGACCAAGCGAGCCGUACUCUCAAAUAUUGCUCGACUAUAUGAUCCGUUAGGCUGGUUAUCCCCAAUUACGAUAACAGCUAAGAUUCUUAUGCAGGAUUUGUGGAUUCUUAAGUGUGAUUGGGACUCUCCCCUGCCGGCUGAGGCUCGCGAGCGGUGGAUUGAUUAUUGCCGUUCACUUUCCUCGCUUCCUACCUUAACAAUCAGCCGUUGGUUUGGAUCGCCUUCUGAGUCAGCUGGUCAAAUUCACGGGUUUUCUGACGCGUCCUCUAGAGCUUAUGCGGCGGUAAUAUAUCUUCGCACAGACGAAGGCGACGGUCACGUUCGUGUCUCACUCUUAGCCGCAAAAACAAAGGUCGCACCGGUGAAAACAGUAAGCAUUCCCAAUCUCGAGUUGUGCGGAGCUUUACUUCUAGUCAGACUUGUUUGUCAUUUGAGAAAAUUAGACUUCCUUAAAAGGCACCCAGUUUUUCUGUGGUCAGAUAGCCGAGUGGUCCUUGCGUGGUUGAGCAAGCAUCCUUGUCACUGGAAAACGUUCGUAGCGAACCGGGUCUCUUUAAUACAAACGGAACUACCUUCCGCCACAUGGGCUCACGUUCCCACUAAACAAAAUCCAGCGGACUGCGCUACCCGCGGUUUGCGUCCGUCUGAACUAUGCGAGACGAGUUUAUGGUGGUAUGGGCCCUCUUGGCUGGCCCUACAACCCGAACACUGGCCCCAGCCGUCAGAGACCACACAGGUCCUCCACGCAGAGGCGAAACCGCCGGAACCGGAUAUUCUUUUGCGAUACUCCAGCCUGACUAGGUUAAUACGUGUCGUAGCCUACUGUUUAAGACCCGUGAAACACUUGCGGAGACGUAAGGGUGGGCUGAACCCUUUGCCAACCUAUCUGACCACUUCGGAGCUCUUGGACGCUCGCUCAGCGGUUAUACGCAUAGCACAAGCGCAUGCUUUCGCGACCGAAAUAGAGAUGUUGAAGAGUGGGAAGCCUUUACCUAAAUCUAGCGCGUUGAGAAAGUUAAACCCGCUCUUAGACAAAGAAGACGGUGUUUUGCGUGUAGGAGGACGUCUUUCACGGUCGAAUUUAACUAGCGAGCGCAAACAUCCCCCGAUUUUACCGCGACGUUCUGGCCUCAGUCGUUUAUUCGUGCGAUACGCGCACAACGCCGCUCUUCACGGCGGUCCUACAUUAACGUCGAGUGUCCUAUUACGAUACGCGUGGAUUGUAGGCAGGAAUUCUUUAAUUAAAACUGCGAUUCGGAACUGUCUCACCUGCCAGCGGGUAAAACCGCGUUUAGCUCAUCAGCUGAUGGGCGACCUCCCUGCGGCGCGGGUGACUCCAGCACGUCCGUUCACCACGACUGGCCUAGAUUAUGCCGGACCUUUCCAUAUCCGCACGACAAAGGGCCGAGGACAUCGCGCCUACAAAGGAUAUAUCGCCCUUUUUGUCUGUUUCGCGACACGGGCAAUUCACUUAGAAGUAGUCAGUGACCUCACUGCAUCUACAUUCAUUGCUGCUUAUCGACGCUUUGUAAACAGAAGAGGAAUCUGUCAUCGUCUCUACAGUGACAACGCCACGACGUUUAGAGGAGCAGAUACCGAGUUGCAGGCGAUGUUCAAGGAGGCAUCAGAAUUUUACCAAACGGUCGCUUCGACGCUAGCGAAUGAUGGAACUGCUUGGAGCUUUAUACCACCUACCACCCCGCAUUACGGUGGCCUCUGGGAGGCUGGAGUCAAAUCGGUGAAACAUCAUCUGAGGCGAAUGGUCGGCGAGCACACUCUGACCUUCGAGGAAUUCUCCACUGUUUUGACAGAAAUUGAGGCGUGCCUCAACUCUCGCCCGUUGUGCCCUCUGACAUCGGAUACCGACGAUUUAAACAUCCUAACACCAGCACACUUUCUGAUAGGCACGGCGUCUGCCUUAGUCCCGGAUGCGGAACCAGAAUCGGUGCCUGAAAAUCGCUUAAACCGAUUUCAGCUGCUACAGCGAAUUCGUAACCAAUUUUGGAAACGUUGGUCCGACGAAUAUUUGCAACACCUACAGGAAAGAGAAAAUGGAAUCAACCUCUACUGA